AUGGAAACCUUUUGUGCAGUGGCACGAUACAAAGGUGAAGGACGUAUGCUUCAAUUCACCGUAUUGAGUUCAUGGGAAAUAGUAAUGGGUGACAUAAGUGAGCGGUGGGCAUUGGACGGUUCUCCGGUCAGGGUAAAGUUUGUGAUACCUGACUCAUACAAGACGCUUUGCCCAAUUGAGUCAUAUGCUGACUUUCAACGCAUGCGCCAUAUACAUCAUACUUUCAACAAAACCGUUGUAGACAUCAUCAUCAAGGACGCGAGUGGGUCAAUGGAUGACAACUCGGGCUUAUUGAUUCCAUCCAAGUAUGACGCAGUUGUCAAGACAUAUUUGUCCCAACAUCCUCCGGCAGGGGCACUCAGUAUUGUUCAGUCUUCACAAUCACUUGAUAGGGUGACCGUAAAAGUGGGUCAGCGGUUUGACAAUGUAGUGCAGUUCAAAGAUUGCCUACGCAGUAACGCCAUAAGACAAAAUUUUGAUUUUACGUUUAUAAAAAAUGAUAAACUUCGGGUGACCAUCAAGUGCGCUGCUCCAAAUUGCCAGUGGCGUGUGCAUGCAUCGAAAGAGGGAAAUGUUGGCACCUUGAAGGUGAAGACAAUGCAGGCAACGCACAAUUACGGUGGAGGCAUUGGUACAACAGACCAUGGAGUUCGCCUACCAUAUAAGCAUGCUUGGAUGGGAAAGGAGAUUGCACGGGCUGCCAUUCAUGCUAAGGAGUUGGGAUGUAGGCCAUUACUUUUUGUUGACGGAACUCACUUGCUUGGCAAGUACGACAUGAUUCUGUUAGGUGCAACUGCCAGAGAUAGCAAUGAGGGUAUCUUUCAUGUAGCAUUCACAUUAGUUGACAACGAAACAGAUGAUAAUUGGACUUGGUUUCUUGCUACCCUUGGGGAGACAUUGUAUGGAGAAGAUGAUUACGACAAAGUUAUUACAUUUAUCUCGGAUCGAUCGAAAGGUCUUGUUAACGCAGUCUCACGCGUGUUCCCAUCAUCACCGCAUGGUUAUUGUUUGCGCCAUUUGGGAGCUAACUUCAUGAAGGUGAACGAUAGCCUUGGGAAAUCAUUGAAAGAACAAUGCUGGUCGGUAAUCGUGAAAAUUACAUACGCGUACACGUCUAAAGAGUUCGAUGAUGCAGUUAUUGAACUUGUAGCUAUAUCGACCGAUGCAUAUGAUUGGUUGUUACACAAGUCCAACAUUGAUCAUUGGUGUAACUAUUUGUUCAAGGGUAUACGGUGGUGCAAAAUGUACUCUAAUGUAGCGGAGUCUUUCAAUGCCUGGAUCAAAGAGGCAAGGCAUCUACAGGUAACAAGCAUGAUCGAUACUAUAAGGUUUAAACUGAUGAACAUGCUUACUGAGCGGCGCGAAGUGUCUGCCAUGUGGGACACAUACCUUUGCCCUGAGAUACACAAGAAGGUUGAACAAAUCGUCGAAAUCAUUCGAUUUUCGAGGGUGGGUCCAUCAAGCGAUGACACAUACGAAGUGGUUGACGAGCACAAUAAUGCUGCCAACCUACGCUUACGUAAAUGUUCUUGUAGGAGAUGGGAUAUACAUGGGCUGCCAUGCAAGCAUGCAACUGCUGCGAUCAUGCAAACAGACACAAAUGUGCACUACUAUGUCGAUCAAUAUUUUACAGCAGAAUCGUAUCGUCGUGCAUAUGCCGAACCAAUAUACCCGAUCCCUGACAGUGACAAGUCAUUGGAUGACGCCCGUCAACUGAGAAUGCGACCAUCGAUAGCAAAGAAACGACCUGGCCGUCCGCGAAGGAAACAGAUCGAAUUACAAGCCCUUGAUUUGCCAUCUUUGAUAUUCUCGACGGGAGGUUCUUCGUCGGCUACAGGAUCCACGUCAAACAUUAUAUCCUCCAUCAUGUACGCAGCUAGGUCUGCCGUGGUUUUCGACUUCUGCAUGGCGAGCGCCUGA